AUGGAAAACUACCAGAAGAUUGAGAAGAUUGGAGAAGGGACCUACGGGGUCGUUUACAAAGCUCGUGACCUUUCCAAUGGCGGUCGUAUCGUCGCGCUGAAAAAGAUUCGACUGGAGGCCGAAGAUGAAGGAGUUCCUAGCACAGCCAUCCGCGAAAUUUCGUUGCUGAAGGAAAUGAACGACCCCAACAUUGUGCGUCUAUUCAACAUCGUCCACGCCGACGGUCAUAAGUUAUACCUGGUCUUCGAAUUCCUCGACCUAGAUCUCAAGAAAUACAUGGAAGCUUUACCGGUGUCAGAUGGCGGCCGAGGCAAAGCACUUCCAGAAGGUUCAACGUUGGACAUGCAGAGACUCGGUCUAGGCAAGGAUAUGGUCAAAAAGUUCAUGGCACAAUUAGUCGAAGGUGUUCGGUAUUGCCACAGCCACAGAGUGCUGCACCGAGACUUGAAGCCGCAGAAUCUGCUGAUCGAUCGAGAGGGUAAUCUCAAAUUGGCUGACUUUGGUCUCGCCCGAGCCUUUGGUGUCCCACUAAGAACAUAUACUCACGAGGUCGUCACGCUGUGGUAUCGUGCACCGGAAAUCCUUCUCGGCGGUCGACAAUACUCUACCGGCGUUGACAUGUGGUCAGUUGGAGCCAUCUUCGCCGAGAUGUGCACGAGAAAACCUCUCUUCCCCGGCGACUCUGAAAUCGACGAAAUCUUCAAGAUUUUCAAACUCCUCGGUACACCCGAUGAAAAUACCUGGCCUGGUGUGACCUCGUUCCCCGACUUCAAGACCUCGUUCCCCAAAUGGCGGCGUGAGCCGACCAGCAAUUUUGUCCCCAACCUCGAACCCGCCGGUCUCGAACUUCUCGAUGCGAUGCUCGAAUAUGACCCUGCUCACCGUAUUUCGGCCAAGGCAGCCUGUAACCACCCCUACUUCGCAGCAGGUUCAGCGGCUUAUUCUCAACGACCCCACUCUGCCAGAACGAAUGGGUUUCGUUGA